CAAUGGACACGUUCAUUGGAAGGAAUUUUAUUCGUCCAUUUCGUGAACAUCAUGUUGACCCAACAGCAAUUACUAGGCACGACUUUAUUGAAGUGAACGGUGACAAUUUUAUGUUAUGUAUUCCAAAACUUACACAAAUUGCUUGGCAACAUUGUACUUCACUCCCUAAUGAAAAAGGAGAAUUAGAAGAAGUACUAGCUUGGCAUUGGUUUUGGUUUCUUUUCGGAGUUUAUAUCGCGAUGACUAAUCAAAUUCAUAAAUGGUCGCACAGCUAUACUGGACUUCCUACUUGGGUUUUGGCAUUACAAGUGUUUAUUUUUACUAAUUUAAAAAUGGGUUUUUAA